AGGGAGGGAGGAAAAGAGAGAGGGGUUAUUGUUUUCGUUUUGUCAACGGUUAUGUGAAAAGCUGAUGUAAACCUGUCUAUUUAGUGGUUUUUCACCUAAAUUUCUUCUGGAGUCAGGAUGAUAUUUUUCUAUUUAAAACCACCCAGAGCGCAUUUGACAAACUGCAGACUCCUGUGAACUUAGCUCAUAUAUUUUUUCUGAAAGUUGAUCAAACACCAUCGAAAUGACAUCAGCUGUGUACUUGGAGAAUAAUCUUGACAGCCUAGAGCAUCUACCCAUUGAGCUCUUGCGCAACUUUACUUUAAUGAAAGAUCUAGACACUCGAGCAAGAGAUCUCAUGCAGAGUAUCGAUCGUCAGGCCAACACUUACCUUCAGAAUGUACGAGGAAUGGGAUCUGAUAAGCGUAAAGAACAAAUGGAGAAAAUUCAAUCACAAUUCAACAAAGCCAAAGAAUAUGGAGAUGACAAAGUACAGCUAGCUAUCCAAACAUACGAACUGGUGGACAAACACAUUAGAAGACUUGAUUCAGAUCUAGCACGAUUUGAGACGGAAAUUCAUGACAAAGCUGCUAGCAACACUCGAAAUCAAGAAGAAAGUGGGUCCCAAAAGAGAGGCAGGAAAAAAAUUAAAGAGAAGGAUAUUAAGAAGAAAGUUGGUGCGAGCAGUGAAGAUGAAAGCACAAAAGUACCUCGUAAAAAAGCUAAGAAAGCUGGCGCAAAGGCUACAAGUGGUGCUAAGUCAGCAGCCAAGGGAGCAGGAGCAGGGUCUGCCGGAAACACUAGUGCUGACGGUGUUGUUCCAGGCCUAGCUCAUCCCUCUGAUGUUCUUGACAUGCCUGUCGACCCUAACGAGCCCACCUAUUGUUUAUGUCAUCAAGUGUCUUAUGGAGAAAUGAUUGGCUGUGAUAAUCCUGAUUGUCCUGUUGAGUGGUUUCACUUUCCUUGUGUGGAACUUACAACCAAACCGAAAGGUAAAUGGUUUUGUCCAAAGUGUUCAGCAGAUCGAAAGAAAAAAUAGAUUCUGUAUUGUAAUUUUGAUACCCGUGACCUUUUAUUUAUUUUUAAUAAAUUUGUUAUUUCAAUUUUUUUACAUAAUGAAUUUCAUUUUGCUAUUACUUCUUGUGAAUUUCAAGCAAGAGAAUUAUGCUCUAUUGUAAUAUGAUGAUACGUAAAGCCUAGAACAUUUACUUAAAUUCUAGAUUUCAGACAAUUUUUUAAAAAAUGAGUUCAGUACUUAGUUUCGCUCAACAUUUGUUAAUCUUAUAGGUUGUAUGUGUACCUAUUAUUGUUAAUGUUGUUGUACUUUUAUUAUUGAACAGUUGUUGUGUUCAAGUCCAUUUUUAGAACAUGGCUGCCAUAAAUGAUAUUUGUAUCAGUAUUGAAUGAAAAAUAUAAACCUUUAAUUUAUAAUA